AUGCUCAUGCUGAUUGCUCACGGGUGUUGCAACCACGGGUGUUGCAACGUGGGAAUGGAUCAAAAAGGAGGCUGGCCAAUUGUGGUAAAAGAAGUUAAACAUACACGUGCACUGCAUAUUCAGCGUUGGCUCAAAGAUAGAAGGUGGGAGCAGGGUGGGACAGCCCAAAUGGCGCGGACCCGCGGUGGCGUCUUUCUCCUGCUUGGUCUUUGCUUUGCACCCCUCGCUUUCGUCCCCUCCGUCCCGGAGGAGAAGGCACCUCCAGUGCCAGUGGCUCGCCGUAGCCUUUGGACUGGAGCCUUGCUUUUGGCCUCGCCAGCGAAUGCCCAGGCACCUCAGAAGGUGCUGGUGGCCGGGGCCACUGGGCAGACUGGGCGCCGGAUUGUGGAGCGCUUAGCCAAGGAUGGGCAGACCUCAGUGGUGGGCGGUGUCCGCGAUGUCUCCAAGGCCCAGAGUGAGCUCAGCAAGUCCUCCAUCGCCAUCCGAGGGGCAAUGAUUGACGAGGUGAAGGCGGUGGACACCAAAGGGGUAGAAUUGAAGUCAUUGGAUGUGGCCAAAGACUCUGUGGACGCCUUGGCCGGCUCAUUGACCGGUGUCGACGCACUGAUCAUCGCCACGGGCUUCGUGCCGGGGAACCCCUUCGCGAUGAACGCAGAGGCCCAUGCGGUGGACAACCUGGGCACCAAGGCCUUGGUGGACGCUGCGAAGAAGUCCGGAGUGAAGAAAAUCGUCCUUGUGUCAUCCAUUCUAACCAAUGGUCGUGGCUGGGGGCAAGAGAACAGCCCGGGCUUUCAGGUCACCAAUGCCUUUGGGAAUGUCCUCGAUGAGAAGUUGGAAGCUGAGAAGUACCUUAGAGCCUCUGGUAUCGACUACACAAUUGUCAGGCCCGGCGGCUUGAAAGCGAGCGCUCCAGCAGGCGGCUUGGUGGUGUCCAAGGAAGAUACCUUGAACAGCGGAGAGAUCAGCCGAGACCUGGUGGCCGAUGUGAGCAUUGCGGCCAUUUUUGACCAGAGGGCCUCGAACAAAGUCGUUGAGAUCAUUGAGGACGAGACGAAGUCGCAGCCGUCAAAGGACAAAUGGUUCGCGUAG